AUGGAUAGAGUUAGAGGUCUCUCCCGUGACAUUGUCACCCCUUCCAAAUGGCCUUCUGCUUGCUCAAGUGACAUUGUCACCCCUUCCAAAUGGCCUUCUGCUUGGUAUCCCCCUGCUCCUGGUUUGCUGAAGCUCAACACAGAUACAGCUGUUCCUCUGGAAGGAGAUAUUAUUGGUUUGGGAGGUGUUAUUCGGGAUCACUAUGGACAUGUGAUUGGUUGCUACUCUAUGGUGAUUAGGGGUCCUAUGUUUGUAGAUCAUGCUGAGCUGUUGGCUGUCCUGGAAGGCAUUCGCUUUGUUCGGCGUAUGAACUGGAGGAUUUCAGUGGUGAAAAUUGACUCUCUAAAAGUUGUCUCCUUAGUGGACUCUCUUUCUCCUUUUGCUUCCUUGACUCCUAUUGCAGAUGGAGUUCACGCUGGUUUGACUAUUACUGGCUGCUCUAAAGUUUUUUAUAAUGUUGUUGAGGACUUGGCUGAUUAG